AAAGCGAAGUAAAAUCGGAAUGAUGCGACAAAACUGAGGGUUGACCGCUCUUUUUUUCAGGGACACUUAAAAGGCGCACGAUUGCGUUCUUUCUGAGUUUUUUUUUGUUUUUCUACCUUUCUUCAACUUAUCUCUUUUUUAAUCAAACAUGGGUAUCCUCGACAUUGUUCCCGCUGGCGUCCUCACUGGUGACAACGUCCGCAAGCUUUUCAGCUAUGCUCGCGAACACAAGUUUGCUAUUCCUGCCAUCAACUGCACUUCCACAAGCACUGUCAACGCUGCUCUUGAAGCCGCUCGUGACAUCAAGUCUCCCAUCAUUAUCCAGUUCUCCAACGGUGGUGCCGCCUACUUUGCUGGUAAAGGUUUGAGCAACAAGAACCAGGAAGCUUCCGUCAUUGGUGCUGUCGCUGGUGCCCAGUACGUCCGUGCUGUUGCCAAGGCCUACGGUAUUCCUGUUGUUGUCCACUCUGACCACUGUGCCAAGAAGCUUCUUCCUUGGUUCGAUGGUAUGCUCGCUGCCGAUGAGGAAUACUACAAGGCCAACGGUGAACCUUUGUUCUCCUCUCACAUGUUGGAUCUUUCCGAAGAGACCAAGGACGAAAACAUCGAAAUCUGUCUUACUUACUUGAAGCGUAUGGCGGCUAUCGGUUGCUGGCUCGAAAUGGAAAUCGGUAUCACCGGUGGUGAGGAAGAUGGUGUGAACAACGAAAACGUUGAAAACUCUGCUUUAUACACUCAGCCCGAGGAUAUCUGGGAUAUCUACAAGGCUUUCUCCGAAGUCACUGACUUGUUCUCCAUUGCUGCCGGCUUUGGUAACGUCCACGGUGUGUACGCUCCUGGUAACGUCAAGCUUCACCCCGAGCUCUUGGGUAAGCACCAGGCUUACGUCGUCGAGCAGCUCAAGUGCGAUAACCCCAAGCCCGUCUACUUUGUCUUCCACGGUGGUUCCGGCUCGACUGAGGAGGAAAUCGCUGAAGCCGUUCGCAACGGUGUUGUGAAGAUGAACGUCGAUACCGACACCCAAUGGGCUUACUGGUGCGGUUUGAGAGACUUCUACAAGGCCAAGCAAGACUACUUGCAAACCCAGGUCGGUAACCCCGAAGGUGCCAACAAGCCUAAUAAGAAGUACUACGAUCCCCGUGUGUUCAUCCGCGAAGCCGAAAAGACCAUGAUUGAACGUGUCAAGCGUGCUUGCAAGGACUUGCACAACGUCGACGUCUUGUAAAUGCUUUGUCGCCAUUUCUUACCCCAUGUUAAAUUUCUUUGUUUACCUCUUUAAACUUUCCAUCUGACUCUUUUUUAUACAUACUAUUCUCGAUCGUUUUUUCCAUUCAAUUCAAAACACAUGGCUUUGGUCAUGAACCCAUCGAUGUCAUGGAGGCAAUCGAAGAAAAAAUCAAAAAUACUACCUUGGUUGUAUUUUGUCAUUUUCAAUGAAUAUCAAAUAAUACAGUACGAACAUUGAGACUCUAUAUUUCUUUUGAUGUUCAAGGCAUUGCAUAAGGGUGCGAAUUCUCUAAAAGGCAAAAAUAAGAGACA